AUGGUUCACCCGACUGCUGGUAUACAUCCAUUUGAUUUGCCACUACCACCACCACCACCAAAUCCACAUCGCCAUUCUUAUACACCAGCUCCUACUCGAAGGGCUUCUAUGAUCUUACCUAGCCUAUCACGUAACAAAUCACUCAAAUCAUUACGUGAUCGACGUCGCAGCUCUGGUACACUUUCCGCAUGCAGCUCGCCCCGAAAAUGCAUAGGUGAAUACUACAUUGGCAAAAUCCUCGGUAAAGGUGCAUCAGGCCGUGUCAAGCUUGGCAUUCAUCGAUACACUGGUGAACAUGUAGCCAUUAAGAUUAUCAGCAAGGCGUUUUUGGCGGCUAACCCGACGAUCGAAAAGGCUGUGCGGCGGGAGAUCGCCAUCAUGAAACUUAUACGCCAUCCAAAUGUUGUGGGUCUCUUGGAUGUUAUCGACGAUGAAGCUUCACCUAAUUUGUACAUCAUCCUUGAAUACGUCGAAGGUGGUGAACUCUUUGAAUACCUUGUUAGCAAAGGAAGGCUCACUGAAAACGAGGCACGACGUCAUUUUCAGCAUAUGAUCUUGGGACUUGAUUAUUGCCACCAUCAUCUAAUUUGCCAUAGAGAUCUAAAACCAGAAAACCUUCUGCUCGACAGCAGUAAUAAUAUCAAGAUUGCCGAUUUUGGUAUGGCCUCAUUGCAGCCUGCAGAAUCAAUGCUGCAAACAAGCUGUGGAUCACCCCAUUAUGCCAGUCCUGAGAUCGUCACGGGAAUGCCUUACAAUGGUGCAGCAUCAGACAUUUGGUCUUGUGGUGUCAUUCUUUACGCUCUCCUAGCUGGCCACCUCCCAUUUGACGACGACAAUAUACGUAGUCUAUUGAACAAGGUUAAGGCCGGCAAGUAUGCAAUGCCCAAUCAUAUAUCACGCAGUGCACAGGAUUUGCUACGGCGUAUUCUUGUCGUUGAUCCAAAUAAGCGCAUCAAUAUGAAACAAAUCAUGGCUCAUCCAUGGUUUCGUGAGCAUAUGCACAAGUUGGGUGACCCAGCUCGAUUUCCAGUACCGCCUUCACCACAAACGACCGAACAACCUGUACAAGAUCCAUCCGAGAUUGAUGACCGAAUUUUGGAGACCAUCAAGUUCUUAUGGGGAGAAUCAAAUCCCGAUGCAGUUGUCCGUGCCCUUAUCAGCAAGGAACCCAACAUGCAAAAGGUUGUCUAUGUGCUAUUACAAGAACACGCUGAACGCUAUUGGCAAAAUGAUCAUGAUGAUAAUGUAUCUGACAGCAACGAAGAGGAAGAAGAGACGCAUCGAUAUCAUACCAUUCGUCCUAUUCGUCAUUGUCGAUCUAUGGCUGAGAGAGGAAGAGGAGGAGGACAAAAUCGCUAUCGCCCUGAAGCACCCUGGAUGCCAGAGUUGCCUACUCCUCAUCGUCGUUAUUCUGCAGUGAGCAUGCGUGUCAAGCAGCGUACUAGUGUAGCACCCCAACAACAGGAAUUACUAGAGUCCUCCCCUGAUAAUGGUGUCGCUGAUAUCAAAAAGAGUCCUACAUUAUAUGACCGUCUAGUCCGACGCAUGCGUUUAUCCAAACGACAAAGCAAAGAAAAGGUAGAACCAUUAUCACCUGCAUCAUUUCCUCUACCGCUACCACCAGCACCAGCACCUGCAACUCAACAUCAUCAAGGAGGUGAACGUACAACAGGCACCAUGCGACUCAAAAACAUGUUUACGCUUCGAGCCUCCAAGACCCCAGUUGUAUCAUCAGACAACAAAAAGGAUACAAGUUCACCUUCUCAAGAUGGCACUCUCUCACCACGUCUAUCAAAGGGAUUCACUUUACGACGUACUGGUACUACCACUGCUACAACAAAAGGUCGUCGAAAGCAAAUCAACAUGGGUAUCUUUGAGCAGCCAUCUUCAUCCAAUCCUGCAAAUGGUAGCAAUGUCCGCCACUCUAUUUUGCUUCCGCCUUCGUCUCCUGUAAUGAAAGAAACCAAUCAAGAUAACGACAUGCGUCGUCGUAUAAGUCAAGGAUCAUUCCAAUCAUUCGACCGAAGAAGCAGCAGCGGUGGCGAAAGUGGAGGAUAUGGUCCUAGUAGUAAUUGCACUGCUGGUACCCCAAGUCUCAUGUCUGAUGAAACAUCCACCAUCACGUCAAGCUCCAGCAAUAAUAAUAAUAACCAACAGCCAAGUCAUCCUAGCAACAAGACAUCCACCGCAUGGAUACAAAAUCUUUUCUUUUUCAAGCAACCCAAAGUUUGCUCACUGGUGAUUCAAGAUGAAACACAUGUACCCAGCAUUUUGUAUGAGCUACAUUCGGUCCUGAAUAAGGUCUCUGAAAGUCGAUUGUAUGAAAAGAAUGACAAGCAUGGUGUGAGGUACAAGGCUGAGAUUCGAAAAUCACAAGGUGGCAAGUCGCGUAUAGUGAAAUCUCGAAUGGAAAUCCUUGUAUCGCAUCACCAGCGUUGUGCUCGAAUCCAAUUCACUCAACAACAAGGCGACGGCAUUCUGCUCACAUCCAUCAUCAAAGAAGCACAGCAUAUUUUUGACAAGCGACAUCAUGAAAAAAUCACCAUUUCUGUACCACCUACACCUCCUCUUCCUGCUACAAUCACUCGACGGCAACCCAUCCCAUUCUAA